UGCUGGAUUUUCUCUUUUCUUUGAAGUCAGUCAGCAAACAAACAUACCAUCAGUCGCUCUCUCCCCCUGUUUCUCGAGUCUCGCAUUUCUCACCUUUGCCGUCGGGCAUCGCUCAGCUACCGUUAUCGUCGACUUCUUCGCCACCGUCUCCGUCGUCCCUUUUCCGAUGGAAGAAUCUAGCAUCUGAUUUAUUUGCCGGACAAAGACGAUGAACCAAGCAUCUUCUGGGCUGAUAUUUCAGGUGCCAUGGAUUUCCAAAGAAAUUGGUCGAUAUCAGCUUUUGCUUGAGAACAAUCAAAUUUUCGAAUCUGUUGAAGCACCAAAUUGAGUGCUGAGGAACUUAACCUAAUAGACUGAGUUGCUGAGGACAUUUGCUGCAAAGUCAGUUCUCGGGGAAUUGAUUCACUCGUAUUUGCACGUGUAUCCAUUGGUACUUUGUACCUUCGUCUUUGUCUGAAAAUUACCUAGCACAGAAAACGUCUUAAUGCCCCUGUGAUUCUAUCUUCCUGUUCCCUUUAGCUUCAUCUGAAAAUUUCCCAUGGCGGAAAAUAUCUCUUCACAUGAUCAAAUAUCAGAAACAAUAAGUUCCAUGGAGAUCCCUCUGCCGGUUGAUAAGUUAGCAUUGGAAUUGGUUGGCCAUGGCUCCUCCUCUGGCCUUUCGAUCAAGCCUAAAAUGCUUGUGGUUCUUGUAGCUACUGGAAGCUUCAAUCCUCCCACUUAUAUGCAUUUACGCAUGUUUGAGCUGGCAAGGGAUGCACUGAAAUUAGAGGGCCUUUGUGUUAUUGGAGGUUAUAUGUCUCCAGUUAAUGAUGCAUACAAGAAAAAGGGCCUCAUUUCUUCUGAACAUCGAAUAAAGCUCUGCAAUCUAGCAUGCCAAAGUUCAGAAUACAUCAUGGUCGAUCCAUGGGAGGCCAGUCAAAACGCCUACCAACGCACAUUAACUGUUCUGUCUAGAGUCAAGACUUCGCUAUUCGACAGUGGAUUACUUCCCAAAGAAUCCCUGAAGGUGAUGCUUGUUUGUGGUUCUGAUUUGCUUCAGUCUUUCGUAACACCUGGAGUUUGGAUACGCGAUCAAGUUGAAAUCAUAUGUCGAGAUUUCGGUCUCGUUUGCAUUUGCAGAGAAGGACAAGAUGUUGAGAAAAUCAUAUUGGAUGAUGAAAUUCUAUAUGAGAACAGGAGCAAUAUCAAAAUUGUAGAUGAAAUUGUACCCAACCAAAUAAGCUCCACCAGAGUAAGGGAUUGCAUUUCAAGAGGACUGUCAAUCAAAUAUCUCACUGCAGAUGAAGUUAUUGAGUAUAUAAGAGAGCAACAUUUGUACCUGAGUCCUUGAUGUUUUGUUUUGUUUCUCACAUUUUACCUUUUACCCCUAUACUUGGAUCAAUAAGUCAAUUGUAACCCCAAUAAAUCCAAAAUUAUUAUUCCUAUACUUCUAAAAUUACAGACUUUAUUGAUAUCAUAGUUAUAAUAAUUCCUGUAUCAA